CAUUUGAAAAUCGCAUGCGAUAAUUGAAACAUGUGUACAUAAAUAAUCGGUUUGCCGAGACGUAUGGCUUGAACUGAAUUAGCAGCACUGAUGAAAAUUUGUUGACAAUUGGCAUAUAAACAAAAUUGCUUAUCAAAAGUCAAGGUUUUUUUUUUUUUAAGGAAAAUGCUGCGAAAUUGUACGCUGCCUUCUAGUUAUGAACAAACUAGGACCAGCGUAAGAUGCGGAGAAAUUAUUUGUUACGACAAUGCGAACUUCACUAUAAUUUGUGUGCUAUGCAAGAUGAAGCUCUUUGAGUUCGAUGACUUCAUGUUGCAUUACCAGAACGUGCACUUGCGAGGCACUGUGCAUGACAGCGAUAGUGAUAAAGAUGGUGAACUUGAGGCAUGUAUAAAAGACGAGGAGUUUGAAAAUGUGGAGUAUUUAGCUGAAUUGGACGAAUGUGGCGUAAGCCCCAAAUGUGAAAUCAAGCCAGUAAGCAUACUGAGCGAAGCCACAACAAGCGAGAAGAAAAUUAUGUCACCUAAAAGAGAAACGGUGGAAGAGGAUGAUGGGGACAAUCCAAAUGAAUAUGACAUUACAGAAGAUGCUGGGACUAUGUCUGACGACGAAUUCGAUGAUGACGAUGUUGAAGAUUUGGAUGUGAAUAAUGGAAACGACGAUAAUGUUAUUUUGAAAAAGCCUAGAAAGCCAAAAGAGUACUCUUGUGCGCACUGCCAAAAAUCUUAUACCACUGAACGAAUACUGAAGCUUCAUAUAAACAUGAAGCAUCUGAGACCAAAGGACUUCAAAUGCGAUCAAUGCGAAGCUGAGUUCACAGAGCAGAGAUCUUUGGACUCGCAUAUACGAAAGGAACAUAUAGGGUUUUCGUGUACACAAUGUAACCGUGCUUAUAAAAAUUCGCGAUCCUUACGUGUACACCUAAAAUCACAUAAAGGUUUGAAGGAAUUUGUAUGUAAUUUUGAGAAUUGUGGUAAGGCCUUUGUUACUUCAUCACGUCUCAAAGUCCAUCAAAGAAUUCAUACGGAUGAACGAAAUUAUAUAUGCGAAAUAUGCGGAUAUCGUACACGGCAAAAGGAUGCACUUGUUGUACAUAAGAGGACCCACACCGGGGAAAAACCUUUUGAAUGUGCCACAUGUGGGCGGCGAUUUAUGUCGGCCUCUUUACUUAAUGAACACAAGCCAAUGCACUCUACAGAACGUCCACAUAAGUGUGAUGUAUGUGGAGCCGCAUUUUCUCGCAGCAAAGCAUUAUAUCAUCACAAACAUUUGCAUUUAGGAAUCAAAAAAUUUGUCUGCAAGUUGUGCGGGCGUGCUUAUGCCCAAAUGGCAGGACUGGCGGGUCAUAUGCGACAGCAUAAAGCGGAGGAACAUAGCCUUCUCUCGAAUACCUACAAUGUGGCGUGUUGUUUGUGCGGCAUCAAAGUAGAGUUCGAGCAGUUCCCUCAACAUUUCCAAGAUGAGCAUCUGACGCCCAAAGACGAAAAAGUUGAAAAGAGUACCUCAAAUGUCUCUGAGACCAUCAAAGUUGACGUAGAUCCCAUAAAAAGCGAAGAAGAAUACCUCAGUGACGAUGGAGGGGAGUCUGUGGGCUUUGAUGCCCCAGAUUCGGAUCCCGACGAACCUACAGUUGAAGAGAAGCCAUUUGACUUCGUUGACUUACAGAAAUUAGAGGAGAGCAUUGAGGAGCGAGAAGAGAAGUCUAAGCGCAAAAAAGAUGUAGAUGAUGACGAUGAUAGUGACACAAAUUCAACCGAUGACAAAAGGGAUGCAAAUGAUGCGGAUUGGCACCCAAACGAUUCCUCAGAUGAGGAGAAACCAAAACCACAAGAAGAUAUUGAUUCACUUCCGUACCCUUGUCCGGACUGCAUGCGAUCAUACAAAACAAAACGCAGCAUGUUAACACAUCACCGACAAACCCAUAACCCGAAAAAAAGAAAGCCCAAGGAGCCAAAUAUGAAAUUCAAAUGUGAGGAAUGUGGUGAACUAUUCAGGGCUGAGAGAAAUUUGCGAGCCCAUAAGUGGAAACAUACCGGCAUUGUAUGCGAUAUUUGUGGCAAGAAAUUUUCACAAACUGGUAACCUGCAACGUCAUAAAAUUCGGCACACUGGCAUAAAGGCCCACAAAUGUCAGGAAUGUGGCAAUGAUUUCUUCACUGAUAAAGAGUUGAAGGCUCACAUGUUGCGCCAUACCGGCGAAAGGCCGGUAGUUUGUGAGAUUUGUGGAAAGCGUUGCCGUGACCACGGCGUUUAUAAAGCGCAUAUGCGUAGGCACACUGGAGAAAGGCCGGCGAAAUGCGAAGUUUGCGGCAAAGCAUUUUACAGCUUCCAUGAUCUGAAUGUACAUGCGGUAACACAUAGCAGCGAGCGGCCAUUCGCAUGCGACAUGUGUGGUUCAACAUUUCAAAGGAAGAAGUCUCUACGAGUACAUAAAAAGUUACAUUCUAAAGAUCGCAAACACGAAUGCAAAGUGUGCGGCAAAACGUUUGCGCAAUCAGGAGGCUUGAAUGCACAUAUGCGAACUCACGAUGCAGCAUUGAGUCGAAGUAUUGUGGGCACUGCCAGUGCAAUCGCUGGCACUGUUGCUUUAGAUGGUGUUGGUACUAGUGCCAGUAUGGCUCUGCCAAGUAGUGGAAUCGGGUUCGCCAUGCUUAAACUAUUUCCCGGCACCACAUUUGGUGGUCGCCCAAGUGCAAAAUGUGGGGAAAUCUACUGUCACAGCUCCGCCGAAUUUACCAUAGUUUGUUCGCUCUGCGGUUUGAAGGCAUUUCGCUAUGAGGACUUAUUGAUGCACUGCAAGAAAGUACACUUCGACAAUGAUUUAUUGCGGAUGGAGGAAGUCCUUCUCGAAGUGGCACCCUACUCGGCACCAAUGGUGAAAGAUGAGCUUAUAAUUGAAGACAACAAUUAUGACGCUGACUUCAUGGAAAUUACCGACUUUGGCAUAUCUAAUACUGAGAACGAUGCUAGAUUGCGCAUCAUUAACGAGGAGGAUAAUCAAGAUUGCGAGGAAAAUUUCCCACAAGUUCCUCGUCAAGAAACGGUUUACGAUGCUGGAUUGCGCAUCAUUAACGAGGAGGAUAAUCAUGAUUGGGAUGAAGAUUUCUCACCAGUUCCUCAUCAAGAAAAAGUAUACGAUGCUGGAUCGCGUAUCAUUAACGAGGAGGAUAGUCAUGAUUGGGAUGAAGAGAUCUCACCAGUUCCUAAUCAAGAAAAGGGUAAACAAAUUAAUGGUCGCCUAAUUGAAACAUACAAAUGUGAACUGUGUUCUCGUUCUUACAAAGGCAAACAGAUUUUGCGCCUACAUUUAGAAAAAUCACAUAAUCUUGAAAGGGGAAAAACUGUAGUUAUACAAAUGCAAAAAUGUGAGCAAUGUCCAAAGAAAUUUAAAACAUUGCGCAGAUUGGAAGAUCAUUACCUAACAGAUCAUGGUGGCAUGAAAUGUACGUUUUGUGAAAGGAGAUUAACGUCAAGGACAAAUCAGUUAAGACACAUUGAAACUCAUACGCACGGAACAGAGGGAAGAUUUGCCUGCGAUUACGAAAACUGCACGAAACGUUUCUUUAAACGUCGAAAAUAUGAAGCUCAUAAGCGAACCCACCUCGCAACCAAUAACUUCAUUUGUGAUAUAUGUGGCUAUUCUUGUGGAGUGCCUGAAAUGCUUAGGGUACAUUAUCGUUCGCACAAAAGAGAAAGGCCAUACGAUUGUGAGGAAUGUUGUAAACCCUUCAAAUCUAAAUGGGCACUCAGACAGCACGAAGUAACGCAUGCAAAACCACUGUAUCAUCAUAAGUUAAUGCAUCCAAAAGAGAAGAAAUUCAAAUGUGAGAUUUGCGGACAAGCAUAUUCGCAGCGGGCGGAACUGGAUGGACAUAUGAGACGGUAUCGUGAAGAUGGCCAAUGUUGUUAUUGAGAAAAACCAUUACCCUUUUGAGUGAGAACUUAUGAACUUUUUUGACUUGAAUAAAAAACUAAAGAAAAAAUGCCAAGAAAUUCUUGCCGCUUGCGCAAAAGCACACACACAGCGUUGCCGAACUGAUGUUUUCAGUCCGGAAGGAUGAAGAUCUAAGCCGAAAUUGGACAGAGAGAUAACAAGGUUCUUCGAAAGAAGUUACUCACCCGCAGGCUGCAUGCAGUUUACUGGCAAAUUAUUGAGUACGUUAACUGAAUGGAAGCCUAAGUGAAAAAAGAUAAUACGCUAAUUAUGUGGUCCGUGGAACAGCAAAAUGAAUUCAGACGCGGAAGUUGUGUUAGAACCAGCAAU